UGUGAAAUACCUCAAUUUUUGUGCAGUGGAAGGACUGGUUAUAUUUUGAUUUUUCAAGGACAACGCCUCUAAAUCCCUCAAGAACCCAAAAUGGAUCCUCCAGUCUUGUUGAGUGCCCUCGAAAGCAUUAACGAAAAGAAAAUGUCUUUCAAAAGAGUGAUAGAUCGAAAGAACGAGCUCACCUCAAGAAUACAGGAGCUAACGAAGCUUGAAAGCUCGCUUGCAAAACAGCAGCAAGAUUUAGAGUUCCUGAUCACUUGUAUAAAAGGCUGGGCGAAUGAUUUUGAUAAAGUUCCACGAAAUAACCAAGGUGUUCCCUAUGUUAGAAAUGUCAAAGAAAUCUCUUCACAGAUCAGUCGUUUACUAAACGAUAUCCAUGGAGAUUUCUAUUUCCGAAUGCAGAAUUUAGUAACGGCAGACGUACCAUGCUUCCAGCAAGUCUACGAAGGGUUAGAAAUGCUUAAAAAACAGCUCUCCAAGAUUAUUCACGACGAUGUGGCGUACAAAGCUACUUUUAUUGAGGAAAUUCGUCAGCUCUUGGGAAGACUGACUGGAAUAGCUUCCACAAUUAUGGACGUAUAUUUUGAAAAAUAACUUCUGCUUUAAACUAGGCAAAAAAUAGGCAAUAAUAAAUAUAAUAUAAUGCAAAAAAUAGAUUAUUUUUUCCCGGUAAAAGCUGUUCAAAUAUAGCAAGAAUUGUAAGAUGUUUUUACUAUUAGGCAUAAGAAAUAACAAAAAUAGAAAUUUGAAAAAUUGUUAAAAAUAUUAAUUUUGAACUUUACCUUUAUAUGUUGAUUACGUUUAGGAAUUGUUAAUUUUUAAAAUGUAUUUACAAUAUCCUUCUGACAUGUAAGUGAGCUAGGUGGCUUUAAUCGUUUAUUUUUUUAUUAUUUAUAAAUUAUUUUGUAACACAAAAUCCUAGUUUAAAUUAUCAGUAGCUAAAAAAUUUAAUUCAAGCUCUGAUAAUAAUACUUACAGAAUUUUGAGAUUAUUUUGCUCACUUGAAUAACAUGCAAAAGUAGCAACGAUUCUGCUGAUUUUUCACUUUUAUUUGCUUAUAUUAUYUAUUCAAGAAUAAUGAUGUUAUAUUUAUUUAUUUAUCUGAAAGUAAUAAGUGAAAAAUACUGCAGAUUCUUCUGGUUUUUCUAGUGAAAUCAUUUUAUGAUUUAAUUACUAGUUUCACACCAUGAAAAAGGAUUUCUUACCUUGGUUUGACAUGUUUAUUAAAACGUAAAUACAACAUAGUAAAGCAUAGUGGUACAAAUGCAAAAUAAAGAAACUAAAACACCA